AUGGAAAUCAUCACCAAGAACAUCCUCUCAAAUUUCAACCUGGAUGUCUACGGCAAUGACAUCGUAGACAGCGAGAGGACGGUGGUGGAGGAGAACGAAGACCCCGACGCGAUCGCGCUCAGGAAGCUGAUUCAGGACACGGUGAAGAGGAGACAGGAGGAAGCUUUCCUCUCCCUGUCGUACGCUGCCACUGCGGGAGACAUCGAGGAGGUGAAGAGGGUACUCAGGAAGGGCGUGGGGAUCAACUCCUGCAACUACGACGGGAAGACCGUGCUGCACAUGGCGGCGUCGGAGGGGAACUUUCGAGUUGUGGAACUGCUGCUUGAGGAAGGGGCUUUGAAGAACCAGAAGGACAGCAGGUGGGGGAGGACGCCGCUGCAGGACGCGGUGGAGAACGGGCAUGUGCACGUUGCAGAGCAGAUCCACUACAAGGGAGGCUUGCUGCCGCAGAGCGCAGGGCCGGAGCAGAUCUGCAAGGCAGCGUCGAGCGGGGACACGGACAAGAUGGAGAGGUUCCUCAAGAUUGGACUGCACGUCGACGAGACAGACUCUAACGGGAGGACGGCGCUCCAUGUGGCUGCUUGCGAGGGCCAGGUGGAGGCGACCAAGUUUCUCCUGCAGCACAGAGCCAGCGUCUCGAUCAAGGACAAGUACAAGAACACUGCUCUGCACGAUGCUGUGCGGCACGGGCACGACCAGCUCGCCGCGCUGCUGCGAGCGCAGAAUCAGACGCUGUCCCUCCCCAGCCCGGAGGCAGGAGUUUUCCUCUGCAAGUUCGCAUUCAGGAACGAGGAGCAGCAGAUCCAACGCUUCCUCGCCAACGGCGUGGAAGUCAACGAGCCCAACUACGACGGUAGAACAGCGCUGCACAUCGCGGCGUGCGAGGGGCACCUGGGGCUGGUCAAGUUCCUGCUGGGCAGG